ACUAGAAAAUGAACCGUCUGCCUGCAGCUGGAUGCCCUUUUCAUUACAGUUUUGUCGUUCAAAAGGAACAUGUCGAACACCAAUUGCUGUGCAAAUUUAUUAUCCCAAAGUGAAUGUUGCGAAAUUUUAAAAAAGGCUGCCGGUGAUGUAGAUUUAUUGAAGUAUGUGAUUCGGCCUGUCUCUAACAAUGUUGUGGGAUUUCUCGGAGAAUAUUAUAAAUUGCUCGUUACAUAUAGAAAGGAAAACAAUGAAAUUUGUGAAAAAUCAUUUUUCGUGAAAUCGUUGCCGCUUUCCAAUGAACUACAAAGGAAAGAGAUUAAUUCGUUAGGAUUUAUGAAAAAGGAAUCUGUUCUUUACAGUUCCCUUUUCGUGGAAAUGGAACCUUAUUCUUCUUUCAACUGGCAUCCUGUAAUAUAUUUACGCCGGGACGAUGUGCUAGUCCUGGAAGAUCUCGCCCAAUCCAACUACACACACGAGUGCUUCAAUUACAAUAGUCCCCCAAAAUAUAUUCGAGCUGUUCUGGAUUGCAUGGCGGCCAUGCAUGCAAAUAGUAUUGUCUACGAAGUGAAAACUGGGACGAAUAUAGGAAGUGACUAUGCAAAUUGUGUAUAUGAAUCGAGUGUGCGAAGGGAGAAUUCAUGGAUUAUCGCAGGGUUGCAGGCGAUUCAACACGUGGCCAAACAUCAUCCCAACCUCCAGAGUGAGGAACAUCAGAAUUUCAUCGAUAUGAAAUUAAUACCCAGAUUGGAGUGCAUAUUCGAUUUACAGCCUUCAUUUCAAAAAUAUCGGAGGACCUUCUGCCAUCGGGACUUAUGGGAGAAAAAUAUAUUCUACACUAAAGCACCAGAGGAUUUGCGAUGUCUACUCAUCGAUUUUCAAAUUGCGUGCUACUGCCCACCCGGCGUGGAUGUUUUGUUCUUUCUUUACUUGAACACAAAUCGGUCUAACAGGAAGGAAAAUUUACAGGAUUACCUGGAUUACUACUACAACUGUCUAGAGAAAUUCACUGCGGAGUUUCAGGUGAACGUACAAGACCACGUCACUCGCGAGGAGUUCGACGCAAGCUGUAAAGAAUACAAAAGUUUGGUUCUUACUCUAACGGGUAUUUAUACACCUGUCGUCUUCCUGCCCGAAGGAUAUUUGGGAACUAUGAAAAUGGAGGAUCCUAAGAGAUAUCAUAGGUUGAUGCACGUGAAUCGGAAUGAUUUUGUGCUCGAGUGUAUUGAGAAAUUCAGAGACGCUGGAGUGAUAGCCUUGGACGCUAUUGAAGAGUUAGUUGAAUAUCUUUUCAACGAAUGCGCCCUGAAUUGAAUCACUUUCGCUUGGUUUUUCGUUUAUAGAUGUUAUUUAUGAAAAGAUCGAUUCUUCUGUUAUUUGUUUCUCGUUAAAUCAUGAAACUAAAGUAAAAAUAAAAAUUAAAUCAAUAAAAAUAAAGUGAAUACGUUUCUAA